GCGUACGCAUGCGUGGAGGCGGCCAGUCGAGCUGGGCUGAGGGGAGGGGGCGGCGGCGUCGUUAUUUCCGUGCUCCGUGCGGUGCUGGGCGGCGCCGGUGUCCGCUGGAGGAGUAGUGUCCAUCUCACAGGAAUAAUGGUUAUGAAAGCUUCUGUGGAUGAUGAUGAUUCAGGAUGGGAGCUCACUGUCCCUGAAAAAAUGGAAAAAAGCAAUACAAGCUGGGUGGACAUAACCCAAGAUUUUGAAGAAGCUUGUCGAGAAUUAAAGCUGGGAGAACUGCUUCAUGAUAAGCUAUUUGGUCUUUUUGAAGCCAUGUCUGCUAUUGAAAUGAUGGAUCCCAAGAUGGAUGCUGGCAUGAUUGGAAACCAGGUUAACCGAAAAGUUCUCAAUUUUGAACAAGCUAUUAAGGUAGUCACCAUAAUACUUUUUUGUAUAACAUGGUUGGAAGGCCAUUCCUUGGCACAGACAGUAUUUACGUGCCUUUACAUUCAUAAUCCAGACUUUAUAGAAGAUCCUGCUAUGAAGGCUUUUGCUCUGGGAAUCUUGAAAAUCUGUGACAUUGCAAGGGAAAAAGUAAACAAAGCUGCGGUUUUUGAAGAAGAAGAUUUUCAGUCAAUGACUUACGGAUUUAAAAUGGCUAACAGUGUGACAGAUCUUCGAGUUACAGGCAUGCUAAAAGAUGUGGAGGAUGACAUGCAAAGAAGAGUAAAGAGUACUCGAAGUCGACAAGGAGAAGAAAGAGAUCCUGAAGUUGAACUAGAACACCAACAAUGUUUAGCAGUAUUCAGCAGAGUGAAAUUUACUCGUGUGUUACUGACGGUGCUUAUAGCCUUUACCAAGAAAGAGACCAGUGCUGUUGCAGAAGCUCAAAAAUUGAUGGUUCAAGCAGCAGACCUUCUUUCUGCCAUUCAUAAUUCACUGCAUCAUGGCAUCCAGGCCCAGAAUGAUACUACAAAAGGAGAUCAUCCAAUUAUGAUGGGUUUUGAGCCCCUUGUUAACCAGAGGCUUCUUCCACCCACCUUUCCUCGAUAUGCAAAAAUAAUUAAAAGGGAAGAAAUGGUCAACUAUUUUGCAAGAUUAAUAGAUAGAAUAAAAACUGUCUGUGAGGUUGUGAAUUUAACAAAUUUACAUUGUAUCCUGGAUUUUUUCUGUGAAUUUAGUGAACAGUCACCCUGCGUUCUUUCAAGAUCACUGUUACAAACCACUUUCCUGGUGGAUAACAAAAAGGUCUUUGGAACUCAUCUCAUGCAAGACAUGGUUAAAGAUGCCCUUCGGUGUUUUGUCAGUCCUCCGGUGCUCUCCCCCAAGUGCUGCCUGUAUAAUAAUCACCAGGCUAAGGACUGUAUUGACUCAUUUGUUACUCACUGUGUUCGGCCAUUUUGUAGUCUUAUUCAGAUCCAUGGACAUAACAGAGCUCGGCAGAGAGAUAAGCUUGGGCAUAUUUUGGAGGAGUUUGCUACCUUGCAGGAUGAGGCAGAGAAAGUUGAUGCAGCGCUUCACACUAUGCUGUUGAAACAAGAACCCCAAAGGCAACAUUUGGCCUGUUUAGGGACAUGGGUUCUUUAUCACAGCCUUCGAAUCAUGAUACAGUAUCUUCUAAGUGGCUUUGAAUUGGAACUCUACAGCAUGCAUGAGUAUUACUACAUAUACUGGUAUCUCUCUGAAUUCCUUUAUGCAUGGUUGAUGUCCACAUUGAGUCGUGCUGAUGGUUCUCAAAUGGCAGAGGAAAGGAUAAUGGAAGAACAGCAGAAAGGCCGGAGCAGUAAAAAAACAAAGAAAAAAAAGAAAGUUCGCCCAUUGAGCCGGGAGAUCACAAUGAGCCAAGCAUAUCAGAACAUGUGUGCUGGAAUGUUUAAAACCAUGGUAGCAUUUGACAUGGAUGGCAAAGUACGCAAACCCAAGUUUGAGCUUGACAGUGAACAAGUUCGAUAUGAGCACAGAUUUGCUCCCUUCAACAGUGUGAUGACCCCGCCACCAGUGCACUACCUACAGUUCAAGGAAAUGUCUGACCUCAAUAAAUAUAGCCCACCUCCUCAGUCUCCAGAACUGUAUGUGGCAGCUAGUAAGCACUUUCAACAGGCAAAAAUGAUAUUGGAAAAUAUCCCCAACCCAGACCAAGAGGUGAAUAGAAUUUUAAAGGUUGCCAAACCCAAUUUUGUGGUUAUGAAGUUACUGGCAGGAGGACACAAAAAGGAGUCCAAGAUUCCUCCGGAAUUUGAUUUCUCUGUUCACAAAUAUUUCCCAGUUGUGAAACUUGUUUGAGAGACUGAAAACGUGACCACAAAGAGGUAGAAUCUACUUUCAGGUUCCACUCUUAGAGGAUAUAACCAUCAGUCUCAACACAUAACGUGAAGUGAAAUGGAUUUCUUGGAUGACAACUCAUUAAAAAGAAUACUUUUAGUUUGAAAGCCUUACAUGACAUGAAUGAAAACUGCUGUUUUAAAGUGGUUUAUUAUGUUCCAUGGAUGAAAAUGGUCUUACUGAAUGCAUUGAAAACGCACUACUGGAGAUGAGAGACAGCACCACUUGAGACAUGCUGAGGGCUGAAGGUGUGCUCUUCACCAUCUGAGCAGUUCAGAAAUUAUCUAGAAGGCUUUAAAUCAUGGGAUUUACUAAAUCAUUAAAUAAGAUUUUUUGAUGAAAUACAUUUAAAAGGAUUUUUUGAGGUUUCUGCGCUGUAAAGGAAGACUAACAGAUUUUUUAAAAUCCUUUGUUACUUUUGGCACAUUCAAAGAUUGACCAUUAUGUUUGUGGGUGACAUUGAAAAGGUAGAAAAGGUCUAACUUAAAUGUGGUAUGUUCUCUUUUGUUUACUUCAUCUGUAUUCAAGUAGGGGUCUCUUUAGUAUCCUCUGGCUUUGAAACACUAGCUUCAGUCCACCUGACCCUGUGAAUGCCUGGUGCCCUGUCCUUUGUUCUCCCUGUCCCUUCUGGCAUUUGUCAUGACAGCUGUCCAAGUUUUUAGGGCCUUCUAUUUUGUCCUCUGUAGGGACAGUACUAUUUGAGUGAGGUGCACUGGCUUAAGCUAGCUUUUGUAGUGGGACCUGAGAUUAGUGACUCUCUUGGUUUAUGAUAAGGGUUCUGAGAUUUAAAUAUCUUAACCGAUUUGCCACCUUUUUGUUUUGUUUUUGAUAUAGAUCCAACCUGUAUAUGCUAAGCAUGGGUUCUAACACUGAGCUACAUCCCUAGCUUUUUGACAUCUUUCUUGAAAACACGGUACUGAAACUUUUUCCUGAAAAUACUUUGAAGCAGCUAACCUGACAGUGCCUGCCACGUUAAAAAAAGGCUCCUCUCUUCAGCUAAUGAAGUAGUCUAGGCUUCCCUUCCAAGAGUGGUAACACUUGCCUCAACCAGGAAUAGCCCGUAGGCAGCCUGAAACUCAGAAGUCUUAGAAAAAAACCUUGAACUAGGAAAAAUAAAGCUUGUUUGCGGUU